AAUGGCCGCUUGCAGACGAUUUUGGUUGUUGUCAGAGGUCAUAAAUACUACAAAACGAUGCACUGUAGAUGCUAGGAACAAGACUUGGUCACAAGGAAGGCAAGCAUGCAUACAGAGAUAUCUGUCUACACAAACAGAAGAAAAAGUAUUGCCUGACACAAUACAGCUGAGUGAGAGCUGUGUUAAGCGAUUAAAAAGCUUGGAUGAUAACGGCUGUCUACGAAUUAUUGUAGAAGGAGGUGGAUGUUCAGGAUUUCAGUAUAAAUUUGACCUAGACGCAACAAUUAAUGAAGAUGAUCAUUUAUUUGAAAAGGAUGGCGCUAAAGUGGUUGUUGACACAGAUUCACUGGAUUUUCUGAAAGGAUGUACAAUUGAUUAUCAUGAAGAACUAAUAAGAUCAGCUUUCCGUAUUAUCAACAAUCCUCAGGCUGAGCAAGGAUGUUCGUGUGGAGCCUCGUUUGCUUUAAAGAUGUGAUGUCACAUUUCUUAUGAAGUGACAUCAGGAAUGUGUAAGGUUCUUGAUGUCAUGUAACACAGGAAGUGACAUCAGGAAUAUGUAAGGCCUUGAUGCCAUGUAACACAGGAAGUGACAUCAGGAAUGUGUAAGGCUCUGGAUGUCAUGUAACCUAGGAAGUGACAUCAGGAAUGUGUAAGGUUCUUGAUGUCAUGCAACGCAGGAAGUGACAUCAGGAAUGUGUAAGGCUCUGGAUGUCAUGUAACACAGGAAGUGAUAGUGACAUGUAAACUAUUUAAUAAGUCCACACUGUAUAUGAAGCUUAGUGUAGAUUGUUGAUGUGAAAAUACUUCUCUAUUCUAUAGUCUCCUAGACAGACUUAUGUGGGGAUACCCUAUAUUUAUAUUAAAUGAUCUGCAUGUGUUGUUGAUUAUAGCAGAUGAUGUUGACUGAUUUGUGAAUUUUAUUUACUAUCGUGUCAGGAUAAACCAUUAACUAUAAUGUGGAUAUACCAGGAUACACUCUGUCAGUUUAGCUUGAUAUGUCUAUUUCAGUCAACUGUUCUACUGUAUGGACCAAGAGAUGGUGAACCAGUAGUAACUCUUAUUUAAAUUUACUGUACAUGCAUUAAUUCCCUAUCUGAUGUAAAGGUUAUGUGUAUCUUACAAAUUUAAAUAUCUAUUAAAUCUCCACGGCAUGUCAUUUUACUGCAAGUGAUGUGAAAUAUGUACAUUUCUAUAACAGUAUUUUGUCUGCUUUAAACUCAGGAGGCCAACACAAUAUCUUUAAGUCAGGACGAGAUAGGCUCAUUACAGAACAUUGAUUUAGCAUUUGUUGAUAUUUCUUAUAAAACUGCAAUAGACACAGGAUAAAUAAAUUGUAUAUUGUACAUGUAGUUGAUAAUCAAAACUGUUUUCAUUCAGUCACUGAUUGUAAAACGGACACUGGCCUUUACAGCAUCAAAAUGAUUGGAGUGUGUUUGUGUAAUAUCAAUUCUGUAACAACAUUACAAGAGGAAAGAAUGAUUGUAACUUACAGAUGAAAGAAUUGUCAGUGUAGUUUAACUGACCAUGUUACAUGACAUUCCCUCUUGCCUGAAUUCAGACAUGUUGUUCCCCAGAUUUUUCUCUUUUUGACGAUGCAAGAAAAAAAUUACAACUUACUGAAGCAAUUAAUUUGUUGUCAGGAAACUUAAACUGAAGCUUGAAGGAUAUUAUGCAGCCAUUGUUCAGGAUAUUCAAAGUUUGUACAUUCUGUUCUUUAUCUGUAUUUUCAGGUAAAUUUCUCAAUGUCACAGGAAAUGAUAUGGAUGUUUGUCUGAAAUAUAUUCUAAUGUACAAUUAGGUAUUUACUGCUCCUGUCUGGACUUAUGUUAUUCUGACAGUAUUUAUAACUCUUACAUGAUUAUGUUGAAAAUCCAAUUAAAUUGCUGUUUAUAUCACUA